AAAAAAAAAAGAAGAUAGACUAGUUUGCCGUUAGAAAUGAAGUAGAAACUCUACUGGUGAUAACAGUAAUUUUGAAAAACUCCAACGAAACUUGCAAAUAAUUUUUUGAUAUUAUCGCGAAGUGGAGUAGUCAUUCUCGUCUAGAUCAUAUCAAAUAAAUCGAUGGCUAUUAUCUUUUAAUGCUAAAUAAUAAAUUUACCCACAGAAUUACAAAAAAAAAAAAAAAGAAAAAAAGAACUACACGAUCACGGAAUACUCCAGGAUGAUUUUGAAGUAUUGCACUUUUAUGAUUCUUUUACCUUUUAUUUUAUCACAAAAUGAUAAAUCUUCGUUAGAACUUAUCGGCAACGGGAAGGACCCAGCGCAAUCGAAAGUUCUCAUGCUAAUACCAUCGCGGAAUUGAAGAACUCUUGCAAACGGUGUCGUAAUACCUGAACGGUACACGCUCGAAUACGUAGUCUCGUACGGAACAGUAACUGCGAUUACACGUUAUGUAGAAUACCGGAAAAUUUUCAAGUCCAAGUUUCGGAUCGCAAUAAAGUUAAUAUAUACGGUAAUGAAUUGUUAAUUAAAUACAAAAACAUCAGUAUUUAUUUGUAUCCUGGCACUACUACAAUAAACGUCGUUUUGAAUGGAUCAUUCGUCAAAUUUCAAGCAUACAUGAUAGCAUCAAAUUCUGUUAAUAAUUCGACAUCAAAAGUUGAGAAAAUUUUAUGGUCGAGCAAUGGUCUUAUUCUUGGGUUCGGACAAUUGCAAAAAACGAACAAGGGACAUUAUCAAGUCCAACAAUACCACUUCUUUUUACCAACGAAUUCAAGCGGAAGUUCUAAUCUAUUUGAAGCGGUGGAACGUGAAAUUCGUCGGCUUACUCAAGUUUGUCUUGAAAUAGAAAUUUCGAAAAAUGUAAAAAUCAUAACGGAAAAAAAUCAGCGUUUUGAAAAAAUCAAUGAUUUCGGAUCAGUGAUAGUUUUACCAUCGUCUGAUUGCAUCAAUACAAAUGCGGCUUCAUCUUGUACAUCCUCAGUCACUAAUUCGGUUAAAAUAAAUAUCAAUAAUUUAAUCGACCUAUUUAUCGAUGCUAUGAUAGAUAUGAUCAAAGUUUAUAAUCUAGAAAAGAUUAAAUUACCAAAUAUUAAUGCAGUUUUUAUUACUAAUUUAGGAGUCUUUGACAUGAAAGGUCAAAUUCAAACCUUUAAUGGCACUUUCGAGGGUUUAACGACUAUUAAAAGAACAGCAGAUGUAAUUUUAAUUCAACAAGGCCAUAAAUAUACGGCUUCUUGUGGUUUUGGUAUAUCUAAUGCAAUUGUACGUUUUAAUAAAUAUCAGCUUAAAUACGAUUUUAUAAAUAUAUGUGGCGAUAUAUUAGGUACAAUAGAAAAUAUAGCAUUAAGAGUUAAAAUAAGUGCAGAUUAUAAUACUCCACAGUGUACAAUAAAAUUAGAGGAUAUUAAAGUAUCAGAGUUUGAUAAAUUGGAAGUGAGAUUCACUGGAUUUGGUAUAAUGGAUAUUUUUGGACCGAAAUUGAUAAAUUGGUUUACAAGAUUUUUCAAGAAUUAUCUCAAGGGAAUAAUAGAACGAAAUUUGAAAAUUUUUUUGGAGAAGCAAAUAUCAGCACUUGACUGUGAAAAAUACAAGAAGAAAAUACUCUGAGGAAAUAUCCUAAUUCCUACAAGCAAAUACAUUAGAUUAAAAUAUUUAAUAACAUGAAUGCAAUUAAUCCGUCUUGUGAUGCACGAAAUUAAUAUAUAUAUAUAUAUGUGUACAUAGUAACAAAUAGAUUUGUAAUUUAAGAAUAAAAGAAUGGUACAUAUAUACAUACUUUUUAUUAUAAAA